UUUUUCUGCACGGUUCGGUUUGGUCGCGCUCGCCGAUUCGACAGUCUUUUUUUCUGUUUCAGUUUUGACAAAACCCACAAAAGUGCACGCGCAGUGUUUAGAAACCAUAUUGCUGAAAACUAUUACGGUGAUAACCGACUAGCCGUCUCUAAUCGCGUAAUCGCAACUCCUGGCGCGUUUGAGGGUGGAGGAAAAAAGCAGGCGUGCGUGUGUGCCAUCAUUUACAGCAGAUUACAACAUCCUGCUUCUAGAGAGUGUUGUUUCGUUCUGUUUCGCGCAGCCUGCUUGGUUUAGUGGCCAGCACACCACUAAGUUUGCGUUGAUUCUUAGUAAGGGAAAAGGAAUUUUGCGAGCCGCGUAGAUUCCGUGACCUUUAAGACCCAGAACCAGCCGAGAAUUGCAGCAGUUCGAACUCCCGAACAAAGAGCAGAAGGCGAAAAAAAAACCUCACGCGACUCACCUCUUGCUGAAUCAAUAACACAGAGGAGGGACUUCCCCCCGCUCGGGGUGGAGGACGCGGUCCGCGGGAAGCAAAACAACAAAAUAUCGUACGAUAUCGCGCGGCGCCGCCGUUGCUGAGAGCGCGGCGAACCGUGGGUUCUGCUCUUUUUUGCGUCGCGCAACCGCUGGGGGACAAAGAGGCAAGAGACUCUGGUUCCACCUUCGCGCGCACCGGAAUUCGGGAGAUCACGCCACAGGAUUUUUGCGUGGAAUCGAGACUCGGGACAUGGACACCGUCGAGACGGCCAACCACUUUGUGGCCUUUGGGGAAGCGUCCAGCGAGCGUGACCUCAAGGCGCAUUUGCUCGGCAACGGCAAGCAGGCUCCAUCAACAAUGUCCACCCCGACGUCCAACGGUCAGCUGCGGUACACGGCCAACAAUAAUCUCAACAAUGGUACCAACAACCACAGCAAACCCGCCAACGGAAAGGUUGCCCAAGCCGCCGACAAAGAGGAAGAGGAACGGUCCGCCCGGCAGUCGCUCAUCAUCCUGGCCGCGAUCUUCUUCACCAGCCUGUUUGCGAUGAUCUACGUGUACGCCAUGUUCCCGAGGCUGGAGGAGUCGGAAAAGCAGUACAUCAAGGUUCCGUUCGAUAUCGAGGAUGCCAAGCAGCUGGGCAGGGUGCUGGACCGGUACAAAGAUCUGUACUAUCUGGAGGUGAUGUUUGGAGUCAUCCUGGUGUACAUUUUCCUGCAAACCUUCGCCAUUCCCGGCUCGCUGUUCCUGUCGAUCCUCAGCGGCUUCCUGUACAACUUCCCGGUCGCCCUCGCGCUGGUCUGCUUCUGUUCGGCGCUGGGCGCCACCCUCUGCUAUCUACUCUCCCAGCUGGUCGGCCGUCGCCUCGUCAAGCACUACUUCCCGGCGAAGGCCCGCGACUGGGCCGCCCAGGUCGACAAGCACCGGGAAGAUCUGCUCAGCUACAUGCUGUUCCUGCGGAUGACGCCCUUUCUGCCGAACUGGUUCAUCAACCUGGUCGCGCCCGUCAUCGGCGUGCCGCUGUACCCGUUCGCACUGGGGACGUUCCUGGGCGUGGCCCCGCCCUCCUUCAUUGCCAUCCAGGCCGGCAAGACGCUGUACAAAAUGACCAGCUCGAGCGACGCGUUCAGCUGGGGCUCGGUCACGCUGCUCGCGGCCUUUUCCGUGCUGUCGCUGGUGCCGGUCAUAUUCAAGCGGUACUUCAAGUCCAAGAUCGACUAAGGUCGACGGCGCGGCUAGUCAGAAUCGUUUGGUGGGACACGCGGAAAAAGUGUGAAAACAUAUGAAUAGUAUAAUUCUAGCCAAAGAUAUGUAUAUGUGAAGCUAAAAGUGUUUAGAGUUACGGACUAGGUGAAGUGUAGGCUAGGGACGGAGUCGAAGUUUCAGGCAAGAUUCGACUUUUAAAACAUUAAUAGAAAGUGUUGUUUGCGUUGCUGAAAGCCAUAGCGAAAAAGACACACACCAGAAAUGACAUUUUUUUCUGAACUAAUUUAAAGUUAAAUUUGUUGAAACCUGUCGAAGUGUUGUGAGAAAAUGCUGAGAAAUUGCUGGUCAACAGAAGGAGCAGCAUAUGGAAGACAAGAAUCCCACUUGAGGUAAGCUGCUGCUGGCGCUGGCGAGUUGCCGUCAGGUUAGUGCAGUUCAACGGUUGUUUUUAUUAUUUUUUAUGUUUUUAAAAUGCUACAUAUUAAUAGGAUAUGAUCUUGCGUUUGUUUGUUUGCCUCGUAAAAUCUUGAAAGAAGUGAAAAAAAAAAACCAAAAAAACCUUUUUCAAACAUAUUUUAGUGGUAUUCAAAACAAUCUUCAAGUAUUCAUAUUCGUUUCAAAACCUGAUUAGUGGCUGAUGCACUAAGAGAUGUGUUUUAAUUUUUCGACUCUCCCCGCAAACGUCAAACCGGAAAAAGAUCCGGCAGCAAUUUGUACUGAUUUGACGUUUGAUGAAGUUUGGCUUUGUUUUUUUUCUUAACUUUUUUUUAUUAGGUCCUUUUAGGUGAUGUGACCUGGUUGGGACCAAGGAUCUGUAAAAACAAUAUAUAAUAAAAAAAACAAAAA